AAGAGCAAAACGCUGAAUAAAAUCUGAGUCCGAGACAAAGUGAAACUAGGGCUUCUGAAUUCUCACAUAACGAGCGGCUACUCUCACAGCCUCUGCAAAAUUCCCAACCUCACUCCACCAUGGCUGAACAGACUGAGAAGGCUUUUCUGAAGCAACCUAAAGUGUUUCUAUGCUCUAAGAAAUCUGGGAAGGGAAAGAUGAAGCAACCUAAAGUGUUUCUAUGCUCAAAGAAAUCUGGAAAGGGUAAGAGGCCUGGAAAAGGUGGAAACCGCUUCUGGAAAUCUAUUGGUCUUGGGUUUAAGACUCCCAGAGAAGCAACCGAAGGAACCUACAUUGACAAGAAGUGUCCAUUCACUGGAAAUGUUUCCAUCCGAGGUCGUAUCUUAGCUGGCACUUGUCAUAGUGCUAAAAUGAAUCGUACAAUUAUUGUUAGGAGGAAUUAUCUUCAUUUCAUCAAGAAGUAUCAGAGAUAUGAGAAAAGACACUCAAACAUUCCCGCUCAUGUAUCACCUUGCUUCCGUGUUAAAGAAGGAGAUCAUGUUACUAUUGGCCAAUGCAGGCCCCUCUCCAAGACAGUGAGGUUCAAUGUGUUGAAGGUGAUCCCAGCUGGUUCAUCCAGUGGUGUUGCCAAGAAGGCUUUUACCGGAAUUUGAGAUUUGAAUUACUUUUGAGCCAAGGGAUCUGAUCAUCUCUACUGAAUGUAGUUCUGAUUUCUUUAUGUUGACUAGUAUAAAGAUUUGAACAAUUUUGGUUUGUUUUUCAAGUUCUGUUUUGUUAUUGGAUGAUCGUUCAAGUUUUUGUUAUUUGUUAUGUUUAUUAGUUACUAGUUGCAAUUGUUUGUAAGUUUGGCUUCUAAAAAGAAUUCUCACUUUUCAAACGAUAAUUUAUUAAGGAUGAGUAUGUCUUGUUAAUCAGUCUUUCUAAUCAAA